AUGGACAAAUCACCCUCCGGAACCAAGUCCUCCGACCAAAAGCAGGACGUAGUGAUCCAGGAUCAGGGAGAUGCGUCCCCCCCAGCCACGCCGCGUGCUGGAACCGGAGGGACUGGUGGCGGUUCUUCUGCUGUGCCCCCUGGUGCCGGCAGUGGCAAUCCUCCUCCUCCCUCGUCCCCGGCAGGGAGCCCAAAGGAUGGCGGCGAAGGGGGAAGGACCAUGAAGCCGCUGAGUGCAAAGGGGAAAGAACCGGCCCUCACAGCCGGUUCCUGCGCCACUGCUGCAGGGUCUCCUCCACCCCCAGGCGAGAGCCUGGAAGGCGGAAAAGCAGAAGGGGAGGGCCUCCAAAAGAAGAGGAAGAAGCCGGCGUCUGACGAUCCAGAAUUGCCGAAGCUGUGCAGCAUCUGUAGUAAGCCGUUCAACGGCUGGAAGGGACUCUUCGGACAUAUGCGCAGCCACAAGGACCGGCCGUGGCGGGGCGUCUUCCCUCCGCCGAUAUCACCUCCAAAGGAGCAGGGGCAUGGAGAGCAGGCGGAGGAACUCACAUCGACCUUGUUGGACAUAGGGCAGAGGAUUCUGGCCGAACAAAAGGGGUGCGAGACCGAGGGUGAUGGCAGCGCCGUGGCUGAGGGCAGCGCUUCUUCUUCGUCUUCGUCAGCAGAGGCUCGGAGGAAGAAGAUCCACAUGAUGUUGGAUCUGAAUAAGGAAGCACCCGAAGAUGGUGAUGAAGAGGGAGGUGGCGACAACGGUGGCGCUUAA